AUGAGUUCACAGACUACAACACCUCCUGUGAAUAAUACUUUUGUGCGUCCACAAAUGUUCUACAUAAGUGGUUUACAUGAUAUACCCUUUGCUAACUGUUUCUAUAUUUUUAUGUUUAUUGUCUACAUUUGUACAGUGUUUUCUAAUGUAUUUGUUAUCUUAUUAAUAUGUUUUGAUCCGAGUCUUCACAACCCAAAAUAUAUUGCUGUUAGUCACUUAGCCGCAUCUGAUUUAUGCACAUCAACGGCUGUCAUUCCUAAGCUAAUAGAGAUGUUUUUUUUUAAUUCCAGUUUUGUAACAUAUGAAGCGUGUUUAGCUGGUAUGUUUUUUGUUCAUUUCUUUAACUCAAUGCAGUCUAUUUCUCUUGUUAUAUUAGCUUAUGAUCGGUUUCUUGCCAUAUGCUUACCUUUAAGAUAUCACAGUAUUAACACAAAUGACAGGAUGACGCUAAUUAUAUUCUCAGUUUGGUUGUUUUCAGCUGUUAUAUUGUCUGUAAUGGUCCUCCUGAUUACCAGACUCAGCUUCUGCAAGUCCACUGUAAUAAACAGUUAUUUCUGUGAUCAUGGCCCUGUGUUUCGCUUAGCCUGCAAUGAUUUUUAUCCAAACUAUGUCAUGGCUUUUGUUACCAUAGCAUUAUUUCUUUUUGCACCACUUGCAUUCAUUCUCUUCACGUAUGUAGCCAUUGUAUUAACAUUGUUAAAAAUUGCAACUAUGGAGGAAAGGCAGAAAGCAUUAAAAACGUGUACUUCACACAUCCUCCUGGUUACAAUGGCAUAUUUUCCAUUGGCAGUUACAUAUGUUGCAGCACAGUUUGUCAGUUCUAAUGCCAGAAUUCUUAAUAAUUCAUUGUCUACAGCAAUUCCAUCAAUGAUGAACCCCAUAAUUUAUACGCUGAAAACGGAGGAGAUGAUGGAUUCAAUUAAAAAAACUGUUCAAAAGAUCACAAGGCAGGAAUGGGAAUGA